AAACCUAUAAAGGCGUACAGCUGUGUCAAUGAGGCUGGGACUCGCUGGAGCAGCUCCCCGCAGGUCACAAACACCUGGGCUGCAGCCACCUCAGGACCAGUCCCCGCUGCCAGGCCCCAGCAUGAAGCUCAUCGUGGGCAUCGGAGGCAUGACCAACGGCGGGAAGAGCACCCUGACCAGCCGCCUCCACAGGGCGCUGCCCAACAGCUGCGUGAUUCACCAGGAUGAUUUCUUCAAGCCCCAGGACCAAAUAGCAGUUGGAGAAGACGGCUUCAAACAGUGGGACGUGCUCGAGUCCCUGGACAUGGAGGCCAUGCUCAGCACAGUGCGCGCCUGGGUGAAGGACCCACGCAAGUUCGCGCGCGCUCACGGCGUCAGCCUCCAGCCCGGCGCCUCGGACACGCACAUCCUCCUCCUCGACGGCUUCCUACUGUACAGCUACAUGCCCCUGGUGGACAUGUACAGCCAUCGCUACUUCCUGACCGUCCCGUAUGAGGAAUGCAAGCGGAGGAGGAGUAACCGCCGCUACACGGUCCCCGAUCCCCCCGGGCUCUUUGACGGUCACGUGUGGCCCAUGUACCAGAAGUAUAAACGGGAGAUGGAGCAGGACGGGGUGGACGUGGUUUAUUUAGAUGGCACGAAGUCCCGAGAGGAACUCUCCCGAGAGGUUCUGGAGGACAUUCAGAACAGACUGCUAAACCGGUCCUAGCCAGAUGCCGGAACCCGGGUGCGGCUCCAGACCCCAGGGGCCGUGAGGAGCAACCGGGCUGCGCUGCGCAUGUUCCCCUCGGGGGGACCUUACAUAGGAGGGGGUGCCCCCAACACCGGG